AUGGACCGGUCAGGAAAUGCGCAGAAUACUGCAGCAGGAAUUUCCGGGGCUACAAAUGGGCAGCCUGUACCCAAAACGGAAGAGGAUGUUUGGGACGAGGAGCGACUUGAAAAGGCUAUGGCUAGGUUGAAGGAGAUGCAUAUCCAGCUGAGAAAUCUACGAACCACCCUUCCCAGACUCCUCGAACCGCUAACCAAGAAGCAACCAUCGCCUGAAACUCUGUUCUCCGAGUUUGCUAAAUCCUCCACCACGGCGAACCAAGAAGUCCAGCAAUUCCAACGGCUGAUGAAGGAAGAGGGAACAAGCGUUGUUCUAGAGCAAGCCCGGAAGAGUCGUGCAGAGAAUCCGAAUGAUAUAAAGCCAUGGAGAGCAAGGGAACACCCGGAUUGGCUUACCAGAGAUACAUGA